UAAUCACAGAUUAAUGGUAAAAAAUAGUUUCACUUUAGAAAACUCACAAAAAUUGCUGCUAAUAAUAAUUGACUAAAUGCAAUCUGUGAUAUAUUUUUUUUAUCCUGAGUAAACACUAUCAAUUCUUAUUUAAUUAACUAUAAUAAUUAUGAAUUAUUUAAAUUUUGUUCACUAGUUUUUAUGUACGGAACAAUGUUUCUAUUUGAUAGUAUUUCAUGUGUAUUAAAUUUUAGAAGUUGAUGAUUUUGCAACUGAAGUUGCAAUGCAGAAAGAAGGAAAACCUAGAUUUCUCAAACAUCAUAGCAAUAGCGUUAGAGGAGUUGCUUUCAGUCCUCGGGAUCGAUAUUUGUUUUGCUCUGGUGGAUAUGAUGGAAAAGUCAAUUUGUACUCUUCAUUACGAAUGGAAUUGCUAAUGUCUUAUUCCAUCACAACUAUGGCUAUAGCGAAAAAUGUUAAUGCAGUAAGAUUUACAUCUGAUGGAUCUAGGAUCUUAGCAUGUACAACAUCACGAAGGUUAUCAGUAGUAGAUGUUGAGCGAGGAGAACAAUUAUUAGCUUAUGACAAUUGUGCAGCCAGUGGAAGAGAUAGAACAGGCUUAGCUACUGAUCCUACUUCACCAAACAUUGCAGUUUCUGUAGCUGUUAAUGGCAAAGGUUUAACUUUAUUAGAUCUUCGAAUGCCACUACCUUUAGAUUAUGUAUAUGAUCUACAUUCAAGUACAAUUCGAGAUAUAGUAUUUUUAGAAUCAUCCUGGCCAUGGGCAACUAGUAAUGGACUACUUAGUACAAUAGUUACAGCUGGUUCAGAUGGGUGUUGUAAAGUGUGCACCAUGGAUGGAAGAAUACUGCACACCUUUUACUCUGGUCGUCAUUUGAACACUGUUUGUCCUACACCUGAACCAUUCCAAGGGUUUUUGUCAAAUGGAUUUUACAGUGUGAUUAUGAGUGGUGGUGAUAAAAUAACUUCUUAUGUUCCAAACUUGGGAAUCCAAGAAAGUUUUUCUGAAAAUCGGGAUAAACCAAUUUGGAAAGUACGAUAUACAUCAAAUGGAAGUUUUUUAUACACAGUAUGUGAAGGUGGUAUUGUUCGUAAAUAUAGAAGGUAUCCGGAUCGUCAUGAAUAUCUAGGUGAAGUGUAUAGUCAUAAAGGAGACAUUCAGGAUUUGGAUAUUUCAGCUUAUGAUGAAUAUCUUAUUACAGCAUCAAAAGACCGAACUGUUGGAGUUUUACGUUUGGGUGCACCAAGUCAUGGAUGGACGGAUUAUGGUGAACUAACAUAACUUAAUUAUAUAAACUCAACAGUAUUUUUAAAUUGUGAACUACCAAAAUAUUUAAAUUACAAAACUUGUAAAUUUGUAAAUUUAUUACAUUAGUGGAUAAUAAAUUGUAAGGGACUUAUUUUGAAAUUUUAUUGCCAACAUAAUGCACCAAAUAAUGUGUAAUAAAUAACUGAAAUUUGAAUGUAACUAUGUGGAUUAAUUUUUCUAUUAAAUGUAUAUAAAAUUUGAUAUAUAAUAAAAUUUAUUUUAACA